AUGGACCAAGGCGCCCACCACGACCCGGCCUCGUCGACCGCCACUAUGACCGAGCAGCUCAAGCGCAAGCGGAGCCCGUCGCAUGAUGCCGCUGCGCAAGCUCCUCCCGCGCCGCCGCCCAAGACGGCCAAAACAUCCAACCACCUCCAGAUCAACUACCUUGCCCGCCAGUACACCGAGGACCUGCCCUUGAUCUCCGGCGACGACACGCUGCCCAACACCCUGCAGCUGCUGGGCGAGUACCAGGGCGUGCUCGAUCGCCAUGAGAGCAUGGCCUGCAACCUCGGCGCGCGCCCGCUGGGCCCCAUCCUCAUCAAGCGCUUCGAGCGCCUGUUCGACGGCCCGCCCAAGGUGCUCAAGUCGCAUGGCAAGGACCCUGCCCACGUCACCUGGCUCGACGUCGUCGAGUUUGCGCGCAACAAGCCCGAGCAGUUCACGCUCGCCCAGAUGAGCGAGGGAGUGCGCGUCUGCCAAUUCUACACCAAGCAAUGCCGCGUACAGAUCAGCGAGGAGGACUUUGUGUUGAUCAGCAGCGGCAUUCCGCAGAAAAUGAUCCCGCCCCAGCCAAUUAUCGAGGAUGAGGAGAAGGAGCUUGGCACACUGGAGAUUCUGGAGAAAAACCUCGGACAGAUAUGCCAGCUAGCAGACCAAGUUGCCGCACGCACCCGCCAAUUGAACCACCGUCUGAAAGGCCGCAAACAGGCCAUCCUCGACCGCCGAGCCACAAACAGCCCCGCCGCCGUCCGCGCGUCCAGCCCUUCCAAUGUCGCCCUCAUGAACGGACUCGGCCCAAACGCGAAUGCCACCCUGGCUGCUCUGUCCAAAUCGCCCUCGGGAGGCUUCGUUGCAGUCAAUUCGCGGCCGCCCGUCGAGCAUGACUCGACUCGGAACGGCGCGUCUUCUGCCACUCACAGCGAGCUCAUGAACAAAUUCUCGACCAUCAAUAAUCGCAGCAGGACGCAUGGCUCGAAUGGCGACCAGAUCCGCCGCGGCUCCAGUGCUAGCCAAUACUCGGCCGGCGGAUCGGCUUCGGGGAGCAAACCGAACGCCCGCCCACCCGCCAACACCUCUGGCGGCCCAAACGGUCUUCCGUAUAGCGACAGCGAAUACGCUCAACUCCUCCUUUCCACCACGUCUCCGGUUCCCAUUCCGAGCACGCCUUCGCAACUCCUGCCCUCGCACGGCGCGCGACCGGGUUCUCAGCACCCUCCGACCGCGGAGAAGGACGAUGGCGGCCCCUUCAAGGCCGAGAUGGUUGCCCGGAUGGAAGGGCUCUCGAAAGGGGAGAGAAUCCUGCCGCCGUGUGACCGUUGUCGAAGACUUCACAUGGACUGUUUGAAGAAUCUGACGGCUUGCAUGGGUUGCACCAAGAAGCACGCGAAGUGCUCCUGGAAGGAAGUGCGGGAGCCGGAACUCCGCAUGACCCAACCCCCUCCCGAAGGCGAGGCGACCCACUCGGACAUCGAAAUGGGAGGCUACCCCGGCGGCAUGAUGAGACAAAACCUCGCGAGCCCGGCCUCGGCCUCGCCCUCCGCAUCAGUCGGCUCCGUCGGCGGCGGCGGCCACACCACGGAAGCCAGGGCUGGCGGGCCGGACCCGAACGCCGGCCACCUGACGCCCGGGCAGGCCCACGCCGAGCUCCCCAGACAACACGAGGGCCGCCUCUCAAUCGGCGGCGGCGGCGCCCCAGAAGCGCGCAUGGACGACCGCCCCCCGCGCGAGCCGGAGCAUCCCCCACCGCCCACCCACAGCCACGCCCACCACGAGCAGCAGCAGCAGCAACAACAACAUCAGCAGGCCCACAGCCACAUGCACGAUCGGCGCGGCGAUGCCGAAGCAGCAGCAGCAGCAGCAGCAGCACAUGCAGCACAACAUGCAGCGCAUCCCGAACGGCACCACCAGGAGCAACCGCCACCACAUCAAUCGGACCUGCAAUCACUCGUCGCAUGA